UAGCUAAGCUACAUAUGGAAUAACACGUAUAAGAAAAUUAUCUGAGUGCUCAUACCGAGGUACAAUUGCAUGGGAAAUCAAUGAUAUUUCACAACAAUUUUACACUAUAAAUAUGACCCCAUUUGCCCCUAAAACUUCAAACCACAGCAACACCAAACUAUAUCAUAGUCAUUCCUACUUGUCAUCCUUUUUUUCCUUUGAUCAACCAUCAGCUUAGAAUGCCAAGCACUAAGGAAAAUGUGACUUCAAUGACGGAGGCAAUUGAAAUCGACCCGAAAACUGGUCUUCCUUUGAAUAAUAAGUCAGCAAUUGAUGAAAAACAGAUCAGAGAAACAAAAGAGGAGAAUAUUACUGAUGGAGCUAAAACUGAAGAGGAAAAAAAGGAGAAGGAUGACAAAGAAUCCAAUGGUGCAGCAGCAGCUAUAAAAGAGGAGGCAAUUCCAGUUGAGACUGAACCAAAAACUGGAAUUUCUUUCCCAGUCAAAUUAUUAGAAGAUGGAAAGCUAUUGAAAGCUGUUGGUUUAAGGAAGAAAAGCAUGCUUGGCAUGGGCCUCAAAAUUUAUGCCUUUGGAAUAUAUGCAGACAAUGAGAAACUGAAAGAAUUCGUGGUCUCAAAGAUUGGAAAAGCACCAUCCAAACCAACAAAGGAAAUGUAUCAAAUAGUGAUUGAUAGUGAUUUUGGUAUGAUGGUGAGAUUGGUGAUAGUGUUCUCUGGGCUCUCCAUGAGUGUGGUAAGGAAGAAUUUCUAUGAAGGACUUGGAGCAGCCAUAAAGAAACUCACUGGUAGCAAGAAUGAAGAGCUUACCAAAAAGAUCAUGGGCGAAGCAUCUGAUGACAUAAAGCUCACUUCUGGAUCAGUGAUUGAGAUUUCCAGGCUUCCAGGAUACGUUCUUCAGACUAAAGUUAUGGGUGAGAUUGUGAGCAAGGUGGAAAGUGAACUACUCUGCAGGGCCUACAUUUACAUGUAUUUGGGAGAAGAUCCCUUUGACAAAGAAGCCAAGGAGAAGUUUGGCGCUUCCAUGCUCUCUAUGCUCUAAGAUUGAUGUUGAUUUCAACAAUUUAUAGAUUGUUCUGGAAUAAGUUGACUUGUUCGUGUUGUGCAUCUGUGGUGUUCUGUUCGUAGGGAGAAAAUCGCGAGAAAGUGAUGUCUUUUCACUUGUGCACACUUUCGUGAGAAAUCUAGUCUAAUUUAGCUAUACAGGACUUAGUUUUGCAUCACUGAAUAAUAUGUUGUUGAAUAAAACAAUGAGUACGACAUGGUGGGUUUUUUUCGAAUUAAAUGCAGACUUUCACUAGUUCUAAUAUGCAGGCUUCAAUUGAGUAUCUAUGGUUUAAAAUGUUAUUCAUCCAUCCAAUUAAUUUUCCAUAAGUUGUAUAGUUAGCUCUCCACUAUAACUAUGAUUUAUCGAAUUUUGAAUUA